UGCUUUUUGGGCAGUGAUACAAUUCGCGAGCUGCGAUUGGUUACAUCCUCUCGAAACCUUUGUUUUGGGGCAGGCCCCGAUAACCGUGCACGGGCAUGCGGAUAAGUGGAGUUGUAAACGAAGCGUGUGCACUUUUCAGCACCAAUACCUCGUGGAUAGCAGCCAAACCUAUAGAAAAAAAUAGUUGUUCGGGUUAGUUUAUUGUAAAAAAGCCGACAGCUUUGCUGUUUGCAGCACUAAACAGCCGCUGUGAACGCGGGGAUUUUUUUUGCUAGCAGCUCUGACCCGGCUAACGGAAAUACAAAGCGCUAAAGCUCGUGCUUUGUUUGCCCUGGUGGCAAGAGCUGCAUCCCCACAUUUUUGCGGGUAAAACCGUCGUUCUCUCUUCGCGCUGUCGAAUUAGCUCGGUGUGGGCUCAACAAACUGCACCAGCGAAAGACUAAAUGGCAGGAAGUGAACGAAAACAAAGGUGAUAAAGAAGACUAUUUGUCCAAGUCGGUUCGGUCCAAACAGCGGUUGUAGCCGCCGAGGUCUCCAUUGUGUGACCAUCUCCGCCUGACCCUCGAAUCCCGCGCUGCCACCGGUCACCUACUGCCUCCACGCCCACAGCUGUUGUAUUUUCAAACGGAUUUCUUUUUCAAACAACGUGAAAAUGUGUUCUCGAGUUUGGUUCUUGACCGACCGGCGCAUCAGCCAGGAGUAUCCACAAGUCCAGAUCCUCCGGGCGCUGAAGGAGCACUGCGCUGACGAGGACGUAGAAUUCCGCUACCUCCUCAUGGAUCAAAUCGUGCUGACGAUCUGCGAGGGCCAGCUAGGACUGCGAGCAGAGCAGGAAUUGGUGACAUCUUACCCACAGGUGGUGAUGGUGCGAGUACCCACGCCCUGGGUUCAGUCAGAUAGUGACAUCACUGUGCUCCGCCACCUGGAGAAGAUGGGUUGCCGGCUGAUCAACAGGCCCCAGGCCAUACUCAACUGUGUCAACAAGUUUUGGACGUUUCAAGAACUAGCUGGGCAUGGGGUGCCUCUUCCUGACACCUUCUCUUACGGUGGGCAUGACAACUUCCGGAAGAUGAUUGACGAGGCUGAGCCACUGGGCUACCCGGUGGUAGUGAAGAAUGCACGUGGCCACAGAGGCAAGGCUGUGUUCCUGGCACGGGACAAACACCACCUGACGGACCUUUGCCACGUGAUCCGCCACGAUACCCCCUACCUAUUUCAGGAGUAUGUCAAGGAGUCGCACGGCCGUGAUGUGCGGGUUGUCCUAGUGGGCGGCCGUAUCAUCGGCUCCAUGCUGCGUUGCUCCACUGAUGGUCGCAUGCAGAGCAACUGCUCCUUGGGUGGUGUAGGCAUGAUGUGCCCCCUGAGUGAGGAGGGCAAGCAGCUGGCCAUCAAGGUGUCUAACAUCCUGGGCAUGGAUGUGUGCGGCAUUGACCUCCUGCAGCUCAACGAUGGCUCGUUUGUGGUUUGCGAGGCCAACGCAAAUGUGGGCUUCAUUGCUUUCGACCAGGCCUGUGGCAUGGACGUAGCAGGCAUUGUUGCUGACUAUGUCCUGUCAAUGCUCCCAAACCGCCUCACUCGCAAGAUGUCUCUGCUGUCCGUCGUGUCAAGCACCAGCGAGACCAGCAGCGAGCCCGAAGUGUGCAACGUGCCUUCUGGCGGUGGCUCGCUGCCUGAAGCAGUCUGCAACAUGAGCGUGGGGUCAACUUCCAGCGAGAGCGACCCAGAGCUGGCCGAGCCCUCCCAGUCGUCACCUUGCCAGUCCACAGCCCCCAGCCUGCCUGAUCUCCCAGACCUAGCUGAUCCAGCCUACAACUUCAACACCCUCCUUGCCAAUGAGAUCAAGUUAUUGACUGAGUGAGCCCAAACAUCUUCAUGCUCUCACACAAACCCCACAAAUGCAUUUCAAACACACACACGCACACUAAUGGCAUCAACAUUCCUUUUAAAAUUUCAUAUCAGUCCAAAAACCAUGAAAACAGAAAAGCAAAGAAAAAACUAAAACUUAGCCCUUUUCAGACAUGCAAUAUGUAAAACUGCUGGCUUCAUCAGUCCGUUAAAGUGAUGGCACCCUGUCAUUUAGACAUUACGUAACCACUCCUCACGGCUUCAUUCAGACAGAGCCAUGGUGUGUUAGAUAUUUUUGCCAUAGAGAAGUACAAAAGGCCUGCCAUUUUCUUCUGAUCAUUUAGUUCUUUUCAAUGUUAUCACUAACAGCAGGUGAGUGUGUGGUGCCAAAAACGAGAGCUCUCUUCUGCUCCUCCGGAUUGGAAAUUGCAAAAUGAAUCCUAGAACAAUAUUUUAAUAUUCAUGGAAAUUAGAUUUUUACAAUUUUUUUUGCCCAAUGGGGCAUUUGCUAGAAGGCUGAGCAAGUCAUAAAGAUGUAAAGCUACGAGGGCUGAGCUUGUCCGGUUACAGUUGAGGUUUUUAUGUCAAAGUGACGAGGGUGCUCAUUCACACUUGAAGGUGACACAUUCAUUUGCUAUCAGAUUAAUGGAAAGAAGUGCAUUUCUAAAAGGGGCUGUCCUGACACAUCCAUGGACACAAACACUAAGACAUCUCGUGCUUACACAGAAACGGAGAAAACAAACCAACAAAAAGAGAUCUGAGGCUGCUCCCCUGACUCUCCUCUCUUUGCAUCUCUAUUCCCAAAACCAGAAACCCCACGAUCUAAACUUAAAUUGCAGCAUGAGGUUAGACUGGGAUACAGAAAUUAGUGCCAAACUGGCCUUUAUGAGUUCCUGCAUGGUGUUUGUGGAUGGGUGAAAGCAUACACCUGCCAUGUUUUUAAUCAUCAUAUUAUAAUAACAUUAUUUUACAUAUAGUCUCUGUUGUCAUAUAAAAGGUUUUCUGCUGAGACUGCUGUCAGGUUUGGUGAAUUGGAGGUGACAUGAAGUGCUUUCAAGUAGUAGGGAUGCUAGGCGCACUACUCUGUCAGUUCCAGUGCAGUGACGUAGUGCUCAAACUGAGGACACAGGAGAGGACCCGCAACCAUCCUGCACUAACAGGAGCUGUAAAAGAUUCAUGUCAACAAGCAUCAGAUGUGUUUGGGUGGCAAAACUGGAAUAUAAAAAUGAACUAACUGCUCAAAUUUUAAUUUGACAUUUCUACAUAGUAUCUUUGUUUAGCCUUACCAGCAGUAGCAGUCUGCUGCUGCUAGGCCACUAAAUGCCUAGCACUUUUAUUAUUUUCUCUCUCUCUCUUGUUAAGGUGACAUAUUUAGGAAAGGUUAGACAGAGUGUGAAAGCUGCAUCUACACCUGCAAACAAAAUAUACCUCAAAUAAGUGACUUCUCACUGCCAUAGGAUAACAGAUAUUCAGACAUACAAUACAUAUCAGCCAGGAUCCUUGUGGUUUCAAAUGGCCCCUGACAUGCUUUAUGUUUUUCUUUUCUUUUUAUCUUUUAUGUAAAUAUUUAGAUAGUCAAUUAACUUUACCAUAUAUUUACACCCAGACAGAUUAGACUGGAAUAGUUGAAACAAUCGCCAACAGUGGAUUUUUUAACAAGUUGUGGGGUAACUCUUGUGUAUAGACUUUCAAUAUUAAAAGGCAGAGAGUGAAAUUUGGUGCUAAACUUUCUGGAUUUGGUUAGAUGAGCCUUCUCAGCGAUAUUAUAUGUAGAACUAAGCAUCCUAACCCACAAAAUAAUGUUGGCAUAAUGUACAAAAAAAAGAACCCUAUAUUUUUAAAGUCUUCGUAAGUAUAAUUUAGCUUUUUUUCCUUUCCUGACAGAAGAAAAGAAAGGAAAUCCAGGGAUUAGAGCAGCUAAGACCUUUGUGUUUACUUUUUUUUUUGUUCCUUUGAAUUUACGUCCUGUAUGCCUCCUUAAAUGAAUAACAUAGCUGUAGUGUGUGCUGCGGAACCAUUCACUAAGAUUUAAUUUACAGGUAUGAUAAAAAGCACAAAAAUGAACCCCAAAAUUGUUUCACUUGGUGACGGUCAUGUUGUUAGGCUUGUAUAACGCUUUGUGCCGAACACAACUCAGGGAAGCAGCCUGGAUCUCAGCCCUGACCCCCAAAAAGGCAUGACACAUCCAUCCAAGCUAGAGACAUGUCUAAAACAUAACACAUACCUACAAGCAGACAAAAUAUACAUAAACAACAAUGAAAAAAAAGGUUGUAAACUACAGUGUAAGACUUUAUGGUAUAUACCAUGGUUAACAUGCACUUUUUUUUUCCUUGCUUGUUUUAUAUUGUUCCUCGUUUACUUCCUAAUUUAUGGUAUUUUUAAAGAAAAAAAAGUGGUUUGUGUGCACUAAUAUUGUGUCAAUAAAGUGAAACCGCUGUGAAGCUUGAUUUUUUUUUUCUCCUUGUGUUGUGGGCCCAAUUUACUAACUGUCUGGACUCUUAACGGCAGGCCCCUGCUGGAGGGUGCCAAAUCUAAAUCUGCCAGACAACCAGAAAAGGAAGCUUUUAAGUCUGCUGUCAAAUGAUCACAGUGUCUCCACUGAGGAAAACAACAUCAUUUACUCUACUGUGAUGUUUGUCCAGUAUCCAUAUGAUCAAAGUAUCUGACAAACUGUGAAAUCCGCUGAUGUCCACCCUCCUGAUGCGGGAGGGCUGGUGGGUGUGCUCAUCAAAUCACAUACUGACAUAAAUGCCUGUCUGGUGAACUAUCUCCAGUUGUCGUCCCCCAUUCUUUGAAGUAUUUGUCCUUGUAUCGAAACCUGCGUCAUUCCACAUCGUGUUCAUAGGUGUAAAUAUAAAGAUCACAUAUCUUUAAAAGACAUGAUUAGCUAGCCAUAGGAAAGAGUGGAAUGUUAAUUUCUCUCUUCUGGCCCCUGCUUGAAUUUGUAUUUUAUACAUGAUCCAUCUAGCCAAUGAAGGUUCACUUAACUGUGCUCCAUUGACUUUAAGAAUGCCAGUUCAUCAUCUGGUUUUCUUUGGGAACACUGUUUUAAGGAUCAUUUGAGGUCAAGGUCCCAAUUCUGACUGAUUUCUUUAUGCUUGGUCUGUAUAGAUUACUGUUAUAAAGUAAAUAAACGGCAUGGAAGCUACUGAAAGGAACAGGGGUACCACAUGCUAGCAAAACAGGGAAGGAAACUGAUUGGCCUGCAUGAAAGUUGGCCAGUUUGGAACAAACAUGUAGGGACCUGUGGAUGAGUCACUGUAUAUAACAACAGUGCACAAACUUAAUAUUUAAUUCCGAACUGCUGC